AUGAAUUGAAUCAAGGUGAUGAGAUUGGAAUGCACCACUGCUGAUAGAUGAAGGGAAUCAAUCUCCAGGACCAGAUGAAUAGGAACAGCAAUCUGGCUGUAGGAGCGUGCAAGGUUGCACAAUAUACGCACGAAGUGGUGCCGGUGGCAGACGAGAAGACUCCCCCUCAUCACAGCGGCAAUCCCUUCGCCCAAGCGGCCCAGUAACGCAUCGAGCACUCUUGGCCGUCGCCACACACAACUUCUAGUUAUAUACACGAGAAGGCCUUACGCGGUCGAGGUCACGCGACUCGGCACAUAUCCUCUGUCGUUCCCUCUCAACCGCAACACGCCGAUAUACGACGUAGAUUGCAGACACGAUGGUCAUCGGGACACCCGAUAGCUGGAUCGCGCAGCUCAGCCAAUGCAAAUAUCUUCCAGAGGCUGACAUGAAAGCUCUAUGCGAGCAAGUAAAGCUAAUUCUAAUGGAGGAGAGCAACAUCCAACCCGUACCUUCUCCGGUGACGGUAUGCGGCGACAUACAUGGCCAGUUUUGGGACCUCCUCGAGCUCCUCAAGGUGGGCGGCAAACCACCAGAUACCAGCUACAUUUUCAUGGGAGACUUUGUAGAUCGGGGUUACUUUAGCCUCGAAACCUUUUCGCUACUCAUGACACUCAAAGCAAGAUGGCCGGAUCGAGUGACUUUAUUACGCGGGAAUCAUGAGAGUCGGCAAAUCACGCAGGUCUAUGGCUUCUAUGACGAAUGCCAGCACAAAUAUGGAAACGCGAACGUCUGGAAAAGUUGCUGCCAGGUAUUCGAUUACCUAAAUCUUGCGGCGAUCGUCGAUGGACGAGUGCUGUGCGUCCACGGAGGGCUCAGUCCAGAUGUCAGGACGCUUGACCAGAUCCGGAUUAUUGCACGCGCACAAGAAAUCCCGCACGAGGGCGCUUUUUGUGACCUUAUGUGGUCGGAUCCAGAUGAAAUAGAGAGCUGGAGUGUCAGUCCAAGAGGCGCAGGUUGGUUAUUCGGAGGGGCUGUGACACAAGAGUUCAAUCACAUCAAUUCGCUCGAUCUGAUCGCUCGUGCUCAUCAGCUUGUACAGGAGGGGUACAAACUCAUGCAUGACGGUCAGAUCGUGACGGUCUGGUCGGCUCCUAAUUACUGUUACCGCUGCGGAAAUGUCGCUUCAAUAUUCAGCAUUCCCGACCUCCUGGCAAUAGACAAAGAGGCCAGCAAGGUCGGAUUUGAUCAGAAUAACUUCAAGAUCUUUAGCGCAGUUCCCGACCAGGAGAGGACGACGCCUUCACGCAUGUCGUCGUCGCAAUACUUUUUGUAGAUGAUCCAAUCCUCGUCCAGCAUCUUGCAACUCGCACUGUAUAUUACAAUCAUGCAAGAAUCUUUGUGGCUUUUACCGCCUCUACAAAUUCCCUGAUCUUUGUCCCGUCCUUGCGGCCCUCGGUU